AUGAACUUAAGGGCCAGCUCUCAUGGAGAGCUCCAGGCUCUGACUUCACUGAAGACCCCUGCUUUAGACAGCGGUAUUUUUAAGUCUCUUUCUCACAGCAGCAACAACAUGAGCGGCCGAUUCGAAAGCAUUGAGGAGAUUAAAGGAGUUUCUAAACCCACGCAUCCUCCUCGAAGACCUGUACGUGCAGUCCGACCCAUGAGUGCUCUGAGUGCCAGCGGCUCCUUCCUGCAGAUCAACCACCUGCAGGGAGAACUAGUGAGGAAGAGGAAGGAAUGUGAAGACCUAAAGAAGGAGAACAAGUAUCUGUCUAAUGAAAUUCACAUGGAAAGGAUCAUGAUGAGGACUGAGAGUGAGCUCACCAUGAGAAACCUGCGCAAUCUCAACCAGGAACUCCAGGCCCAAAUUAAAGAGUUGAAACAGAAGCUGCAUCUCAGCCAGCAGAGGGCGACACUGUGCUCUAGGGCAGCUGAGGAUGCUGAUAGAGGACGAGCAGAGGCGGACAAGAGCAGGGCACUGGCGGAGGCUCGGGCAAUAGACAGCAGGCAAGAAAAAGAUCUCGCAGUAGCUGGCAAAACACGGCUCAGUGAAGAACUACAUCUGCUGAAAAAAGAGCACAAUGAUGUCCAGCUACUUUUAGCACAAGCUGAAAAGAAUUACUUCGAGACCAAGCUAAAACUAGACAGGGUGUCAGGAGAAAAGCAGGCUCUCCAUGAGGAGAACAGAAUGCUGGAGGAUGAGAGGAACACGUUACGACACAAACUGAAGGAGCUGACUGAGGAGAAUGUGAAGAUAAUGGAAAAGGAGGUGAACUCCAGACGCAGAGCUCUGGUCGCUGAAGAGCAGAGAGAAAGGGCCAAUAAAGCUCAGCAGGAAGCUGAGCAGGAAAGACAUUUAGCUGAGAGGGAGAGGGAAGAUCGCACCAGGGAGUGUCUCAGCUGGAGAGAGAAACACCAGGUUCUGGCAGAAGUCAUCAGAGCCCAGGAGGAACUUAAGUCUCUGAGACAGACCAAAGCAUGUCAAGCUAAUAUUAAGAGCUACUUCCUGUGUAUGACUGAAAGCGACCAGAGGGUUAAGAUCCUGAAAAAUCAAGAUGGCACACCAAGGAACUUCACGGAAGGAGACCCUGUGUAUAUCUCCACGCCUGACCUCAACACUGAGGAAUCAGAGAGGAGUUCAGGGAGGACGAUGUUUAGGGUGGCUGCACCUCGAGUUGGACGGGACAUCGGCCCAGCUCACUUCAGCGAGCUGUCACCAAUGGCAGACACCCAUGAAUCGGGAUUUUCAAGGAGAAACAGGAAAGUGGAAUAUUUCUGGAUCCCCACUGAUGAGGAAUAAAUGUAAAAUGUCUAGUUUUAGAUAUAUUGCCUAAACAACAAAACAUUGGUUGUAAACAUGUUGCUAAAUCUCCUACUAGAUUAAAUUUGCCUAAAUUUAAUUUUGUAAAUGUUUUAACCUACAAAAUAUACUUUAAUGUUGUGCUAACCACCAAAACAAAUGGUACUGUAUCCCUGUGGAAAUAAACAAAAUAGAUUCUGGUAAAAUAGUUCUAUCUUCACUAGAAGAGAUUUAGCACAAUGAAAGGUAAAAUUCUCAAAAGCAUUUCUUACAAAAGAUGUCAACAAACACUUUAGCUGAUCAAGUUUUUCCUUUAUUGUGAAUUCCGCAAUAGUGGUGAUGAAUACAGCACUAAACAGCCUUACAAUGACAUGAUCUCAAGCCAUUUCCUUUCUGACAACUGGAUUGCAGUUAACAUGUUGGCAAACGCAAGCGUACAAGAUUAACUUAGUCAAAUACAGUUAAAACACCGGUCAAUAAAAGGUUGUCUGAGAACCCCUUAUUGACAAGGGCAAAAGCCUUUCACCUCAUUUGUUUUUUUUUCUGGAUUUUUCCCAUUUUCUUUUACAUUUAAGGACCCAUUAAAAGGCAGGUUAAAAUAAUCCAUCACUUCGAUGUUUAAGAUUGGAAUAAUUUGCAGCAGAUCAGUGGGACCUGAAGGGCAACAUUACUACUGCCAUUAAACAGAGAAUACAUUUCAGUUACCUAGUCAGAACACACUGCAGACAACAUUAAUGAAGUAAGGCUGGGGCAGCAGAGGCAUUAAGUUGACACUAGUAGCUUGAUUUCUGCAUCUUCAAUGGAAAGCUGAGAUACGCAUUAGGUAGUGUGUUGUGCAAAAUCAAACUGUACGCAGAUGUUCUGGAUCUUAAUUCAUGACUAAAACUUUAGACAUCAGAAGCCUGCACUAAAUAACGCUUAUUCAGUAGGAGGUAGAAAUGGAAACUUACAGUUUUACGGAUGUUUAAAUCAUGCACGAGGGGUGAAGGAUAUUGCAACCGACCCAGAAUAACACUAAUAAAAGCGUCUACAGCGUAACCUACAAAGGCCAUUCAACCAGGAUCUCACGAUUCAUUUUAAUCAAUCCCCAAGACAGACCGUAAACAAAUCAUUGGUUCUAUAUAACAGUUUCACUUCCGCUGAGACGCUGAAAGGUUUUCUGCCCUGUGUCUUGUGAAACAAAAACAAACAUGUAAGAAAUAUUUGGCUACCACUUUUUCUACUGAAAAAGCAUAGUGGUUCUGAAACUAAAGCAGAUAACAAGUCUGACAUUGGUUAUGAUGCGAGAAAACACAUUAGAAACGUUAUUAUAAUGGUAUUACUACGUCUUUCAUUUAAUUCAUGAGCCUAGCAGCAGUGUACUGUAAUUGGCUGAGUGUGAGCUACUGCAAAUAGUGCAGGAAACAAAGGGAAGACAGCAAGUCAUGUAGCAGGAAA